AUGCCACCAUUGAAAAGAACAAGCUCAUGCACAGACAUUGGCUUCACUCUUCGUCGCCAAUUUCACAAGGAAGAUUUCAGGCCUCACCAGCGUGAAAUCAUCGAAGCUGCUCUCGACGGCUUUGAUGUUUAUGUCCAAGCAGCCACGUCCUUUGGUAAGAGUCUUUGCUUUCAGCUACCAGCAGUCAUCGACCAAGGCACCUUAAGAGACUCCGGUAUCGAAGCCAAUUUUUACAGCAGCAUAACUCCUUAUGAUGAUCGGCGCCGCAUCGAGCGUGAUCUUGAGAGCGGGCAUCCAAGGACCAGGCUCUUGUAUGUCACGCCCGAGUUAUGCUCUGGCUCACGGUUUCGCGAGCGGCUGCAGCUAGUCUACAAGCAAAAGGAACUUGCACGUAUCGCCAUCGACGAAGCUCAUUGUGUGUCAGAAUGGGGUCAUGACUUUCGAAAAGACUUCAAACGUCUAUCUUGGUUUCGAGACACUUUCCCCGAUGUACCAAUAAUGUGUCUUACUGCCACGGCAAACCCGCAGGUUCGCCAAGACGUACUAUCUAUUUUGAAACUCGAUCAAACUCCAGAAAGAACGAGAGAGUUUUUGAUGAACCCUCAACGUCAAAACCUGCAUCUUGAAAUUCGGUACACCAAGGACGAAGAAGACAACCGCCUACAGGAUUUUCUAAGGUGGAUCAACGCCGUCUACGACCGUCGUAAACAUGGCGAGAGAAAAGCAGAACUCGAGCAGGUGAAUGAAAGAGUCGAAAGUGUUCCUGGGAUCAUAUACACUAUAUCUCGGGAUGAAUGCGAGAGCCUGGCAGCCUCCCUUCGUGCAGAAGGCAUCGGGGCCAUGCCCUUUCAUGCCAAACUCACCAAGGAAGUCAAAGAGGAAACACUCGCCCGGUGGAUAAAUAACGAGUCUGGGUACGACAUCAUUGUUGCCACGACCGCCUUCGGCAUGGGUAUUGACAAGAAUAACGUACGCUUCGUUGUUCACUGGCGUAUCCCCAAGUCUUUCGAGGGUUACUACCAAGAAGCUGGCCGUGCUGGUCGAGAUGGCAACGCAAGCUAUUGCUUUCUUUACUACAGCCGAGAAGACCUGGAGCGCGUCACGAGAUUGAUCAGAUCAGAUGCCAAAGCUGAGACGAACCAGAUCGCCAGACUCAAGAGUUUGCAGGCGCUGGCUCAAUACUGUGAAGACACUGAUAAGUGCCGACAUGCUACCAUAUGCAAAUACUUUGGAGAAUCCAGCACACCCGAGUGUGACUUUGCUUGUGAUUGGCACAAGGACCCCCAAGAACUCGAGAUGAGAUUUAUGAGGGGUUUGGCAAGUGAAGAAUGGGUGAGCACGCAGGCAAUGCAGGGCACUUAUGAUGAUGGGCAUUAUGACGAGUAA